CGGGUUAUUAUCAAGGGCUUAAUAAUAAGGCGAUAGAUGUGGAAACAGCCUUCCCACAUGUUUUUUGAUUAUCCAUGAUAUGAAGGUCGAUUAUCCACUCCUCAUCUGACAGGUCAACAAUAAAUUUGAAGACGAAAGUCAUAUGAUGAUCGAGCAGAACGGUGGACUAGAUUCAGUAUAAUCGAGAGAACAACCGCAAAGGCUCUUCAUUGCAUUCGCAAAAAGUUCGUGCAAUAGUUAAAAUGGGCCUUGGAGUUCGACCUUCAGCAAUAUGGAAAUAUUUGCCUAUUUUACUGCAUUUAGGCAAUUUCACGAGUGCAAGAGGUGAUAUUAAAUUUGAUAUCGAUCGCCGAUUGUGGUUGAAUGACAGGGACUUUGAAAUGAUGAUAAAAUAUUCCUAUGCCCUAUCUACGUGUUGCAAUAUCUUCAUCAAUGAAACAACAAGGAAUGUAGGAACGUUGUUCAAUUUAUUCAUAAAAAUAUACCCGUAUGAUUACACGACUGGAAGCAUUGAAUACGGGUGUCGCGGAUUCUUCCUGGUGGGAUCCACUGAAAAAAGCCUUGCUCAAGCCAUGAGCAGAGUUCCAACCGCAGUCUCCACGACUGAAAUUCUCAUCAUCGUUGAUGGUAAUUUGCAAGACGAUUCACCUCUACUCAAUGUCAGUCUUUUUCAACAUUCCAAUGUCAAUAUCGUGUCACACACUGGCAAUUGGACCUUAUCCGAAAAUUUUCUGCAGCCCCGCGUGUUCAAGAAAGUCCACAGAUCCUCCGAGAUGCGUCACAAGACCGGCAUCGUUGAUCUCGAGGGCCGACAAUUAAUAAUUACAACAUUCAAUAUAGCACCGUUCUCAUAUCUGUCGACAACCGUCAACAGGACUGUUAAUGGAAUUCAGGGGCAGUACUUCGUGACAAAUGAUGAAUACGAGUUGGACGGAGUUGAAGUGAAAUUAUUUCUGAUAAUGGCUGAGCAAAUGAACUUCACGUGGAUAAUAAGAAAACCUGAUGGUCCCUACAGACAUGGGCGGGCCAAUGGGACUGCUUGGAACGGGGGAAUGAUCGGUCUAUUAUACAGAAAAGAAGUUGAUUUGGCAUUCGGAGAGGUCUGGCUCGAGGUCGAAAAAUCCCAGUACGUGAAUUUAUCUGUGCCCUGGCACCAAGUGUGGAUAAACUUUCUGGUACCCCGACCAAAACCCACAGAGAAUGUUUGGGCCCUUGCGAGACCCUUUCGACUGAACGUUUGGAUCGCGGUCAUUGCAAUUGUCGUACUCGAAAGCAUCGCCAUAUGGGGGAAGGCACGGAUUAAUUCGAAAUUACCUCCAAGGUUCAGAAGCUAUAUAAAUACCCUCAUGGAAGUGGUAGGCCGACUAGUGGGUACCUGGGCGCCUCGAAAAACUCAGGGAAUUCGAAUUCAACUUCAAUUUUGGCACUUUGCUGGACUUCUCAUGGUAACGGCCUAUUCUAGCAGUUUAGCUGCAAUACUAACUACUCCAGACUAUGCGCCAAGGAUUGACACAAUAGCCCAAUUUGUCAAAGCUAAUCUAACGUGGGGUCGGGAAAGAACACCGCCGAACUACAAACAUUACUUCGACCUGAACGAUCCAUACGCCAAACAAUUGUCCAACGGAUUCCUCAUCGAAAACAGUCAAGAAGAUAGACAGUCGAAAAUUCGAAAAGGCAAUUACGCUAUUAUUGGAAAGAUCAGCCAUUCGAUCUUCUUCCCAGAGGUCAACAUUUGCAAUAGCGAUCUUGCUAAUUACAGGGUGAUGCGAGAAUCGACAGCUAAAUUCUAUAUUUCCUUCGGCGCUCAAUCAUGGCUUGUGCCCUCAAUUGACACCAUGAUGCGACGCUUAACGGAAACUGGUUUAGUUGAAUAUCACCUGCGAGACGUCAUUCGUCGCAGGGUCAACGGCAGUCAUCGCGAUGUUUUUAUCGAGCACGACGGAGAAAAUACUGACGGCCCUAGAGCUUUGAAAUUGAAACCUCUCGGUGCAGGAUUCGUAGUACUUCUCAUUGGCUACAUAAUAGCAACAAUUAUUUUCUACUUUGAAUUAACGAGUAAAAACAAGGCACAUCGACUAUGCAAGUGCAGUUAAGCAGCUGCAGAAAUUUUCAAUCACAGUUCCUUAAAAAUUGUUGGUAUUCUUCGAAUUUCUGAAGGCAGUUAUGUAUUUUUGAUGGCGGAUUUUAGUGAAAAUUUUUCAUUUGCGCAGAUUACUUGGCCAUCCACGUUAAUACUGUGCAAAUAUUCUAAAAAAUUGCGAAGAGCGUGUGGGACAUGUGGAAGGUAUUGUGAUAAGAAUACAAGUGCAAAGUGUAGCUUCACAAAUAUAGAUAAAUGUAGAUAUCGAACUGAUUUAAGUUUGCCCUCGUCCACUCUGUUUAAUGCCCCUACACAUUCACAACUGUCACUUCGAACAUGGAAGGGACGAUUCGCUAAUUCUCACCUCCGAGAAUAUUUUCAAAAACAGGACGCACUACGAGGGUAACAAUUCCAAAAAUAUUACAUAACAAAUAAUAAAAGUAGCCGCUAAAUCUUCUUAGGACAUUUGCAAAACAAAAAUUUUAAAAAUUAAGGAUCAGAAAAAUUGUACAAAAAAUUCAUAAAAUUGAGUCAAAGUUUAAAGCACCAAAACCGCGAACUGAAACGAAAAAUUUGUAACUGAAAUCGCGCCUCGAAAUGAAUAAACCUUUCCCCCUCUCCCAGCAUUUUACAUACGGGUAUACUAUAUGGCUACACCUGGCUCCGAUCGGCAGCCUCUCCAAGCAGAGCGACCAGUCUGCCUACGGAAGCAAAGCCGGUUCUCUCUUUUAUUACCUCUUCUACGAACAUCCUCAUGCUCGUACGGAUGUAACAAAAAGAUACUGAAAGAAUUGGUACUGUUUUCGGUCACUCAAACUCCAACUUCCUCAAGUUCAUUGUCAAAAAUAGUAAAAAACUCAUUCGGAUGU